AUGGCUAUAUUCGAUGGUAUUAUACCUUAAAAUGGCUUCACUUUCUGAUUGCUUUUGAUGAGAAUAGGUGGCUGCAAGUGAAUAUAUUCCCAGACUAUGACUAAUUUAUUUAUAAGCUUCUCUACAGCCGGUGCAUCAAUCGUCGACAUACCUACGUACAUAUAUUUAUCCAUACCGUACCAUGCACGUAAUAAUUACAUCAUUAUGAGUCGGAAAACAAAAGAUAUGUUUUAUUCAAAGAAACUAUUUUUCUCUGAUCAUAGAUUCUUUUAUAUAAACUUCCUCGCAUUACGUUAAAAUUUCAUUCCUCUAAAUUUCUCAGAUCUUUAAAGAUUUCCAAAUUCGCCGAUAUUCCCCUCCGAGAUUUGUCAAUUAAUCACCUCCUUAAUUUCUCUGCAGUCUUUCUAAAUUUCCAAAUUUAUCACUUUUCAACUACUCGAAAUUCCCCAAGAUUUCAUUUUUUCCUGAUGCUUCAAUUCUCCAAAUGUUUCAAACUAUUCGAAAUUUAAUUCACUCCUGAGAUUCUUCUUUCUGUAUCAUGAGAGCGUCGAAUAUAAUAAAUCUUUAUGCGUGCUUUCUAGAGUGCCACGAAGACGUCGUAAAAGUAAUUAAAUUGUGUGCUCGAUAUGGAUCUGUCUGUAUCCCGUUCGGUGGUGGGACAAGCGUAAGCGGUGCUGCCUCGUGUCCAAAGAAUGAACGACGAACGAUAAUAUUGUUGGACACGUCGCAAAUGAAUAGAAUACUGUGGAUAGACAGAGAAAACUUAAUUGCCUGUUGCGAGGCUGGUAUUAUCGGCCAGGACCUGGAAAAACAACUGCGACUUCAAGGUUUGACAUCUGGCCACGAACCUGAUUCUUACGAAUUUUCUAGUUUAGGUGGAUGGGUGGCAACGAGGGCGAGUGGCAUGAAAAAAAAUCGAUAUGGGAACAUCGAAGACCUAGUUGUAAGAGUGAGAAUGGUCACCGGCAGAACGGAGGAUCCGGACAUAACGUUGGAAAGGGGUAUAUUAGUACCAAGAGCUUCCUGUGGUCCUGACUUCGACCAUAUGAUCCUCGGUAGCGAAGGGACAUUGGGCGUCGUUACGGAAGUGGUGAUGAAAAUUAGACCGUUGCCAAAUGUAGUCAAAUACGGUAGCAUAGUUUUCCCAAAUUUCCAAGCUGGUGUCUCAGCGAUGCACGAGGUAGCUAAGAAUCGAUGUCAGCCGACUAGUAUACGAUUGAUGGACAAUGAGCAAUUCCAGUUUGGUCAAAUGUUGCGACCAAAACCCAGCUGGGGUGGUUUAAUUUUGCAGGGAUUAAAACAAGCUUACAUCACUAGGAUAAAACGUUUCAAAUGGGACCAAAUAUGUGUCGCUACCUUAUUGUUCGAAGGUAGCUCGGCUGCGGAGGUGGCAGCACAGGAACAAAAGAUUUACAACAUCGCGAAGAAGCACAAUGGUGUUCCAGCAGGUGAAACAAAUGGUGAACGAGGUUAUCUCUUAACAUUUGUCAUAGCCUAUAUCAGAGACCUCGGUCUCGAGUACUACGUAUUAGCUGAAUCAUUCGAGACGUCUGUUUCCUGGAAUCGUGCGCUGUCGUUGUGUAGAAAUGUGAAAUCUCGUGUUAUUAGAGAGUAUUAUUCGCGUGGUAUUGAACGGUAUCUUAUCUCUUGUCGUAUUACGCAGACUUACGAUGCCGGUUGUUGUGUUUACUUUUAUAUGGCAUUCAAUUACAAGAACCUUCUAAAUCCGAUAGAUACUUACGAGACUAUCGAACACAUUGCUCGCCAGGAAAUUCUUGCAAAUGGCGGUUCUCUAUCUCAUCAUCAUGGUGUAGGAAAAUUACGUUCUUGCUUUUACGCGGAUGCGGUAGGAAAAGCGGGAGUGUCACUUUAUAGAGCGGCGAAAGCACACCUGGAUCCUCAUAAUAUAUUCGCGGCCGGGAAUUUGGAUUCACAAUGUUUAUCGAAACUAUGAAGUGAACAAUAAUGAAAUUGUGAUAAUUGGGAACUACACUGAGAAUUAUUUCGUUUGGGAAGUUGGUUUCUAUUCAAUGGUAUUUGGUAGCAGAUAGAACAGAAGGGAAAAAAGACAAUUAACAUUGCCAUUUUUGUCGGCUGAGAUGUCGUGGUGGUAUAAAGAAACAGUGGUAUAAAGAAAGAGAUUAUUAUAUAUAAAUAAACAUGAACUAUGGUGUUGUUUGGUACAAAUACGGAAUUGUAAUUGUAUCGACAUUUUUAUAAGUUAUUAUAAAUAAACAAAACUUGCUUACUUGUAGUACUUAAUUAAUAUUAUCAGCGAAUUACUCAUCUGAGUUCCUCUUAUCCUUGUUUCAUUCUUUUUGUCUGUAUCUAAUUUGUAUAUUCUUUUACAUAUUCAUUGAAUAUUUGUCAUUUUCAGUCCAUAAAAUUAAAAUCACUGUUUUGCUAUCAGGUCCAAAUUAUGUUUGUUUGUUUGUUUGUUUGAU